AUGGGGAUGUUGGCUGCGAUUUUGGUGCGUUCCUUGCAGGCAGCGGGCCGCUUUUUCGAAACACCUCACGUUCUGAAUAUGCCUAGGGGUAAGCCAGCAGGCAUCCAUACUGCUCGUAAGCUUAGGACGCAUCGUCGAACACAACGAUGGGCUGAUAAACAAUACAAGAAAGCUCAUCUUGGUACCCGGUGGAAAGCCAAUCCCUUCGGUGGUGCUUCACACGCCAAAGGAAUUGUCGUUGAUAAGAUUGGUGUGGAGGCUAAACAGCCUAACUCUGCCAUUAGGAAGUGCGUUCGCGUCCAGCUUUUGAAGAAUGGCAAGAAAAUAACAGCCUUUGUUCCGAAUGACGGUUGCCUGGGUUUUAUCGAUGAAAAUGACGAGGUGCUCGUUGCCGGUUUCGGUCGUAAGGGUCAUGCCGUUGGUGACAUUCCUGGCGUCCGCUUUAAGGUUGUUAAAGUUGCUAACGUCUCCCUCUUGGCUUUGUACAAGCAUAAGAAAGAGAAGCCAAGGUCUUAA